GCGAACGAGGCAGAGCCAAGGCGCCGAGAUGAGGUGGUCCAGAACAUGUCAUGAGCAAAGUUGACAGUCGAAGCGAGGGCGGGAGGCACCACGACCGUCCUUGGGCGGGUCGCAAGCAAGCCGCAUGAGAUCCGCACGGGAAGGACAUGCAUGCACCGCUCUCCCCUCAGCGGGAGUGGCAGUCCAGUCCAGUCCAAUCCAUGGGCUGCCUCGGCCGGUACUGCACCUCGGAGCUGCCACCACCACGGUAGGCCUCCUCCCUCUUCACCUCGGGAUUAUGAAUGCCCGAGCUGCCCUUGCCCUUUGCCAGGCAAUCUCUGUACCUCGAGCUUCACCUCUUCUCCAUCCUUAUACUACUCUGGUCUUCGAUACCACUCUCCAUCCUCCUACAACGCACGCAGCGUACCUUGCUUUCUCGGAUUCAUUUGUGCCAAUACUCGGAAUUCUCAACUCAGGACACAAGGCUUCAACGACGGCCACUUCCACCUCCAACCUAUUAGAAUACUGGGGGUUUCCCGUGCUGCGACAUCAGCACCCGCGUUGCAUUGCCUCCUCUACAGCCGCACCGCACGUUCAUACUGUGCCUUGAAGAGCCCUCACCUGCAUCCGAAUAGUCCCGCAUUGCAGUGCAAGAGCAACAGACAGGGUCAGACGAUUGCAAUCUCCUUCCGCGGAAUCACUUUCAGUCGGGGUGGACUCCGUCUUUCAUCAGGUACAGCCGUUCCUGUACUGGUAAGCCCUGAAGCCCCUCGGUUGCGCUCUAGUCGACCUGAUAUCUCGCGUCGGCAAUCCUCGCAGCAACUCGUCUGUUCGAUCGCUGGGAUAAAGCGUAGACCAGCACAAGACGCGCCGAACGUCUUUGCCCGCACCCCUCCCACUACCAGCUACCACCCGUACACAGCCUUUCCCGACGUAUAACCUCGAUUCUGACGAUGGCCGUAGGACCGGCUUCGGAUAACUAUGAGUGGUCGCAGACCGGCAAUGGUGAGUUGCGAUCGUCAUGGAACAAAGCGUCGCGCGAGGUGUUCCUCU